CCUGAAUUGACCCCCCAUUUCACCACAUCAACAUCAGCAACAUCCAUCACAACAACCCCACUUUAAGUUUUUCAAAAAUGGCUUCGGUAAUGAUGUCCGAUGUUGCUGAUUCUCCUGCCGCCUCUGGUGGUGGUUUGACCCCACGAGCUUAUCAAGGUCGAGGGUCAUCACAACGACCAAGGGGUCCUCCGUCGGAAGGCAAUGCGCCUAUGAGUGACGACGAAGGUUUCGCAGAUGAUCAGCCAGCGACUACUUCGGGUCGUCCUCGCAGAAACGAUCGCGCUGUGCCAAAGGUGGAAGAUAGAAUCGGAUAUAUGGUGCAGGAAAACUUUGAGGAGUUCCUGGAGACGUUGGUUGCCCCCCUUAUUUUGUUGUCAACACGAAUCUGACCAGAACCUAGAUUCGUUGAAGAGCCUUCUUCUUCCGGCGCACCUACUUCGAGUGCGGUCACGACCGAUAAAUAUUAUAUUGCGCAGAUCCACGGCUUGAGAACGUAUCAACUUUCUACACUGUAUGUCGACUACAAACAUCUCACGAAUUUCCGCGGCGGUGCCUUGGCAGAGGGUGUUGUGGAGGAAUUCUACAGAUUUUUACCGUUUUUGACAAAGGCUUUACACAACAUGAUUGCAAAGUACGAACCACGAUACUUCAGAGACCAUCGACAACCUACCGCAUCGAGCAAUCAGACUUCGUCAGGAGCAAGCAAUGCAGCGUCUGCAAGUCAGUCGGAUUUUCAAGGAAACAAGACCACGAACCAACAGACCGAUAAGUUGUUCACCCUGGCAUUUUAUAAUCUUCCUGUUGUAAGCCGGGUUCGACAUCUGAGAACAGCAAACAUUGGACAGCUUCUCUCAAUUUCCGGAACAGUUACAAGGACAUCAGAAGUGCGACCAGAGCUUUCAUUGGCCACAUUUAUAUGCGAGGAAUGCAAGAACGUGGUACCCAAUAUCGAGCAAACUUUCAGAUAUUCCGAGCCGACACAAUGCCCAAACGAAGGUUGUGGUAAUCGAUUCGCCUGGCGAUUAGAUAUCAGACAAAGUACUUUUGUGGAUUGGCAAAAAGUCCGAGUUCAAGAAAACAGUUCGGAGAUUCCAACAGGAAGUAUGCCUCGUACUCUAGAUGUAAUUCUACGUGGGGAGAUUGUGGAAAGAGCCAAGGCUGGAGAGAAGUGUAUUUUCACUGGUGCACUAAUUGUUGUCCCCGAUGUUAGUCAACUUGGUCUUCCUGGUGUUCGUCCAAUGGCGGUUCGAGACACUCAAAACAGAACAGGUGAUACCAACGGUGUCACAGGUCUGAAAGCUUUAGGUGUUCGUGAUCUCACUUACAGACUGGCGUUUUUGGCUUGUAUGGUAACACCUGAUGCCUCUACAACUGGUUCAGCUGUUAGUCAACAACUGGAGGGUAAAUCCGAAAAUAUUUUGGCAUCCCUUCAACAGCUUGCACCUGUUGACCCAAAUGAGGCUGGAGACCAUGCACAAGAAGCUCUUCUGGCAUCAAUGAAUCCUUCUGAGAUUGAAGAACUUCGAGAAAUGGUUCACAGUCCUCAUAUCUACUCUCGUCUGGUCGCAUCUCUCGCGCCAAUGGUUUACGGUCACGAAGUUGUUAAAAAAGGACUUCUUUUGCAGUUGAUGGGUGGUUUGAGCAAGACAACACCAGAAGGAAUGGCAUUGAGAGGAGAUAUCAACAUAUGUAUCGUUGGUGAUCCAUCCACCUCCAAAUCCCAGUUCCUAAAGUAUAUCUGCUCAUUCUUACCUCGAGCUGUGUAUACGUCCGGAAAGGCAUCCUCUGCAGCAGGUCUUACUGCAGCUGUUGUUAAGGACGAGGAAACGGGAGAAUUUACUAUCGAAGCUGGUGCUCUAAUGUUGGCUGACAACGGAAUUUGCGCAAUUGACGAAUUUGAUAAAAUGGAUAUUAGUGACCAAGUUGCUAUUCACGAAGCUAUGGAACAGCAGACAAUUUCCAUUGCCAAAGCUGGUAUUCAAGCAACACUCAAUGCGAGAACCUCCAUUUUGGCCGCCGCAAAUCCCGUUGGUGGUCGAUACAACCGAAAGACUACACUGAGAGCAAACAUCAACAUGUCAGCUCCUAUCAUGUCUCGUUUCGAUCUUUUCUUUGUUAUUUUGGAUGAAUGUAACGAGGCGGUGGAUCGACACUUGGCUGAACACAUUGUUGGUAUUCAUCAACUUCGUGACGAGGCUGUUCAACCUGAAUUCUCAACUGAACAAUUGCAAAGGUAUAUUCGAUUCGCUAGAACUUUCAAGCCAGAAUUUCAACCAGAAGCCAGAGAAAUGCUCAUUGCAAAGUACAAGGAACUCCGAAGUGAUGAUGCACAAGGUGGAAUCGGACGAAACAGCUAUAGAAUCACUGUCAGACAACUCGAAUCUCUCAUUCGAUUGUCAGAAGCUAUUGCCAAGGCCAAUUGUGUCGAAGAAAUUACGCCGGCUUUUGUACUGGAGGCAUUCAAUCUUCUGAGACAAAGUAUCAUUUCUGUGGAAAAGGAUGAUGUUGAUGUUGAUGGGGAAGACGAUCAAGUUAUUGGUCCCAAUGGGACUCUUAGAAGUCGCGAUGCUGAUGGUGACGCAACUAUGGGUGAUGGGCCAGAUGAUGACGAGGAUGGCGACAAUGCUCCAGAUGCAGCUUCUGGUGCAGUAGCUACAGAUGGCACACCUGCGCCAACAGCCAGUGGUGCAAGCAGGAAGACGAAAAUCACGUAUGAUAAAUACAUCAGUGUUGUCAACAUGCUGGUCCAACGAGUUAAUGAGGAUGAGUUGAGCAGUGGCGAGGGAGUCGCUGGUGACAGGCUUGUCGAAUGGUAUCUGGAGCAGAAGGAGGACGAACUUGACGGGGAAGAGGAUUAUCACGCAGAGAUGGCACUGACGAAGAAAAUCAUCAAGAGGAUGGUCAAGGUAAGCUUUCAUCCCAUCCCAAAAUUUGUCUCACAACCCCACUAACACAACCCCAGGAGAACAUUCUCAUGGAAAUCCGAGGCCAAGGUCUGGUUGGAGAGGAUGGACAAGGAAGUGCAGCAACCGCCGAAGAAUCGGUUUACGUACUACACCCCAACUGCGCAGUGGAAGAGUAUUGAUUCAUCACCUUUCUUGGGUCUUUGUCUGAAGGAAUUGGAUGGCAUGGUAAAUGUUUGAUACGAAUGAAAGAUUUUAUGGGUAACGGCAUGGGUGGAUACCAGAUUUGUAUCUAUGGUCAAAGGGGUGGGGUGUUGGGAGUAUUCUUUUCUUAGAGAGUGGGCAUAAAAAUGAGGACUGUGGAUGAAUAAGGAAGAAACGGAAAUACUUGUAUUUCAUAUUAUGUCGAUGUCUGUAAUGUAGUCUCAUGUGUUGGCGUGGAGGGGUCGUUGCCACUCUUGAGCAGGGAUUGUCCCCUUUUUCUCGGAUCGCUUCUAACAUGUGGUUCCGUUGUUUGUUGGCGCAACAAAGUGUUCAUCAACGGCUCAAAAGGGCCUCGACAAUCGUAAUUAAGCCUUGGAAGUUACCUACAGUAUAGAUGCUGUUCAUCUCAAUUACCUGGG